AUGCAUUUGCCCGCUGGACCCACACUGGUGGCCAAUACGGCCGCCCACACGCAGGUCCUGGCCGCAGCGGCAGCAGCGGCGGCGGCGGCGGCGGCUGCCACGAAUGUUAGCCAAGGCAACAUAAGCACACACUCGGCCAGCAGCACGGGCAGCUCCACGCCGGACAACAACAGCAACAACAACAGCAGCAGCAACAACAACAACAACAACAAUAGCAGCAGCAGCAACAACAACUCUAACUCGAACGCGGCGAAUUUGGCGAAAAUGCCAAGCUCCAUGACAGACAUGUUCGCCAGCCUGCACGAGAUGCUGCAGGAAUACCACGGCGAAUUGGCGCAAACCGGCUCGCCGUCGAUCCUGUGCAGCGCGCUGCCCAAUCACUGGCGCUCCAACAAAUCGCUGCCGGGCGCCUUCAAGGUGAUCGCCCUGGACGAUGUGCCCGAUGGCACCCUCGUCUCGAUCAAGUGCGGCAACGACGAGAACUACUGCGGCGAGCUGCGCAACUGCACCACCACGAUGAAGAAUCAGGUGGCCAAGUUCAAUGAUCUGCGCUUCGUGGGCCGCUCCGGUCGCGGCAAGUCCUUCACGCUGACCAUCACCAUUGCCACCUAUCCGGUCCAGAUAGCCAGCUACAGCAAGGCCAUCAAAGUAACGGUCGACGGGCCGCGGGAGCCAAGAAGUAAGCAAAGCUAUGGCUAUCCACAUCCCGGCGCCUUCAAUCCGUUCAUGCUGAAUCCGGCGUGGCUGGACGCCGCCUAUAUGACCUACGGCUAUGCGGACUAUUUCCGCCAUCAGCAGGCGGCCGCCGCUGCAGUGCAUCAUCCGGCGCUGUCCAAGGCAGCCACCUCGCCCAAUGGCAGCGCCAGCGGCGUCGUCUCGCCCGGAACUGCGGCUGCUGGAGCCGCUGUGCCCGCCGCCGCUGCCGCUGACUAUCCGCCGCCGCCGUCUGUGGGUGUGGGCGCCGUGGCGCCCGCCUCCAUGAUGCCCUCGCCGCCGGGUGGCCCUCCACCAUCUGCUUAUGCCAUGCCGCAGUUCCCGUUCAACCAUGUGGCCGCCGCUGCUGCGGCCGCCGCGCAUCAGAAUCAAAAGUCCACGCCGCACGCAUUUCAUCCGUAUAACUUUGCGGCCGCGGCGGGUUUGCGGGCGCGCAAUGCGGCCGCCGCUGCACUGCAUCAUGGCAGCCUGAGCGCCGCGGAAGCGGCGCACAUGAGUCCCGCCUCGUCGCGCCCAUCGAGCUCCUCGCCAACGCCGACGCCCACGUCCAUGCCCCAUGUGCUGCUCAAGCUGAACACCUCGAUCGAGACGAGCUCCAUACACGAACAAUCCGCCUCGGAUGCGGACUCCGACGACGAGCAGAUCGAUGUGGUCAAGUCCGAGUACGAGCUGGACAAGUCCAUCGACUCCACGCGCAGCUCACCCACCCAGCAGAUCUCUGUGCCGCUCCGCAUGCGCUGCGAUCUCAAAGCCCCCUCUGCCCUGAAGCCGCUCUACCACGAGACGGCGUCCGCGGCGGCGGCAGCGGCAGCAGCCGCGGCAGUGGCUGCGCCUCGCCAGGCCUCGCCGGAGACAACGCUGCCGGCGGCAACAAAGCUGAAGAACGCCGUCGUCCAGCAGAAGACUGUGUGGCGGCCCUACUGA